AUGAUCCUGUUGCCCAAAGAGCUCCAAGCUAACUCUACGCCCCAGAUCAAGAUCGAUCCCAAGAAGCCUCUGAUCGUUACGAAUACCAUUGAUUCCGAACCCCGUCCUACACCAGCCAAGUCGAUAGAGGAGGAAAGAAACCGCACCAACUGGGACACCGUCAAGAUGCACCAAUUCCUCGAAGGUUCGCCUGAAAAGUCGCUUGAGAUCCUCAAGUUGUACAAGUCGUUGGAAAGAGACACUAUCUUGCAGUCGUCCUUUGAGCACUACGACAACACGAAAGACCAGGACCGUGAGUUGGUAGCCCAGAGAAUUAACCAGAUGACCAAGUUCAUUGAGAUUGAUUCGCCAAAAAAAUUCAGAAGAAGAUUGAACUUGAUGACCGUCUAUGAUCCAUCCAUGGGAAUCAGAAUUGCUGUCAACUUGGGAUUGUUCCUCAACUGUAUCAGAGGGAACGGUACCGCUGCCCAGUAUGAGUUCUGGGCCAAGCACAGAGAAUCCGCUAUCAUCAAGCAGAUGUAUGGCUGUUUCGGGAUGACUGAAUUGGGCCACGGAUCCAAUGUUGCUGGAUGUGAAACUACUGCUACUUUUGAUGAAGAAACAGACGAGUUUGUCAUCGACACUCCUAACAUCAGUGCUACCAAGUGGUGGAUCGGAGGUGCUGCCCAUUCAGCUACUCACAGUUCUGUUUAUGCCAGAUUGAUCGUCAAGGGUAAGGACUACGGUGUAAAAUGCUUCAUUGUUCCAUUGAGAGACUCCCAGCACAACUUGUGUCCUGGUGUUGCUAUCGGUGAUAUUGGCUCUAAGAUGGGAAGACAGGGUGUGGACAACGGCUGGAUCCAGUUUUCGGACGUCAGAAUCCCUAGAUUCUUCAUGUUGCAGAAAUGGUGCAAAGUUGACCGCCACGGUAAUGUGACCUUGCCUCCUUUGGAGCAAUUGUCAUACAUCUCGUUAUUGGGAGGCAGAGUCGACAUGGCUGUGGACUCCUACAGACAGGGUGCUAGAUUCAUGACAAUUGUGCUCAGAUACGCUGCAGGCAGAAAACAGUUCAAGCAAGAAGGCGCCAAAGUUGAAACUACCGUUUUGGACUAUGCCAAUGUGCAGAAGAGAUUGUUGCCUUACCUUGCCUUGGUCUACGCCAUGGCAGUUGGUACCGACAGAUUGGAAAAGCAGCACGAACAGAUCUUGGAACAAAUGGAUAGGGCCAUCCUUAACAACGACAAGAACGGCAUCAACCAGUCACUCAACAGCACCAAGUCGUUGUUUGUUGAUUCUGGUUCUUUGAAGUCCACUUGCACGUGGUUAACGUCCUCCUUGAUUGACGAGUCAAGACAAGCCUGUGGUGGUCAUGGCUACUCCUCCUACAACGGUUUUGGCAAGACCUACAACGACUGGGCUGUCCAAUGUACUUGGGAAGGUGACAACAACGUUCUUGGUAUGUCUGCUGGUAAGACUAUCGUGAAGAACGUCCAGCAGAUUCUCAAGGGCAAGACCAUCAAGUCAUCUACGUUGGAUUUCCUCAAUAACGCUAAACAAUUGUUGGACACAAAGAACAUUCUCGCAACUGAAGCUGACUUGAAGGACUCUUCCAAGUUCAGAGUUGCUCUACAAGCUGUCAUUGUCAAGUAUGCUGCUUCAUUGUCUGAUGUCUUGGCCAAGAACAAAAACAACUGGGAUUUGGUCGGCGCCCUGAGAGUCGAGUUGUCAAAGUUGAGAGCCCACUAUUACUUGCUCGAGACGUUUGAAGAAAGAGUAAAGUCAUUGAGUCCAGCCUCGGACUUGUACCCUCACUUGGCCAACCUCUUGCAAUUGUACUACGUGUCUGUGAUACUCAUUCCUUUUGCAGCUGAUUUCAUCAGAUUUGGCGUUAUCAGCUCCGACUUGGUAUACUAUGCUACUUCCGAGUACUUUGGUACCCUCUGUGGUGCCGUCAGACCAUAUGUCGUUGGUUUGACUGAUUCGUUCCAACAACCAGACAACUUCUUGAACUCGGCUAUUGGUAAGUACGACGGUAAUAUCUACGAAAACUACUUUGGUGUUGUUAAGUCUGCCCAUCCUCCAAGAAACGAUAAGGCUCCAUACAAUUCUGCUUUGACGGGAAUGUUGAACAGACCUUCUCAGGAAGAAAGAGAAAGAUUUGAGAAGUCUGCCGAAGCUGCCAAGAUAUUGUCCCGCUAG